AUGGCCACCCCCGUCGACCUCCCCGGCCCAGACCAGAGCGAGGGUGACUAUGCCUUUGAGAUGGCUGCCUCGACGCUCCGCUUCGGUACCGGUGUGACCCGCGAGGUCGGCAUGGACAUUACCAACAUGCUUUCGCGUCUGCCUGCCGCCGAGCGCAACAAGAGCAAGAUUGCCGUCUUCACUGACCCCAACAUUGCCAAGCUUCCCGUCAUGAAGACUGUCGAGCAGGCGCUCCAGAAGGAGGGACACAAGUUUGCCGUCUUCGACAAGAUUGCGGUCGAGCCCACCGAGGACUCGUGGACUGAGGCUAUCAAGUGGACUCGUGACAACGACGUCACCCACUUCCUCGCCGUCGGCGGUGGUUCGACCAUGGACACUGCCAAGGCCGCCAACCUCCUCUCGUGCUACCCCGAGGCCGACAUGUUCGACUUUAUCAACGCUCCCGUCGGCAAGGGUACCCCCAUCACCAAGCAGCUCAAGCCCCUCAUUGCCGUCCCCACCACUGCCGGUACUGGUUCGGAGACCACGGGUACUGCCAUUCUUGACAUUCCCUCGCGUCGCUUCAAGACCGGUAUCGCCUCGCGCGCCCUGAAGCCCACUCUCGGCAUUGUGGACACUCUCAACACUGCCACCUGCCCCCGUGAGGUCGCCGUCGCUGCCGGUCUCGAUGUGCUCUUCCACUCGCUCGAGUCGUGGACUGCCGUUCCAUACUACGAGCGUACCCCUCGCCCCGACAACCCGAUCAAGCGUCCCGCUUACCAGGGCUCGAACCCCGUCUCGGACAUCUUCUCCAAGUGGGCCCUUGAGCAGACCAUCAAGUACCUCCCGCGUAUCUUCAAGGACCCCACUGGUGACGAGGAGGCCCGCGCCCAGAUGCUCCUGGCCGCCUCCACUGCCGGUAUCGGUUUCGGUAACGCGGGUGUCCACCUCUGCCACGCCGGCUCGUACCCCAUCUCGUCGCUCAACAAGGCGCGCCCCAAGGACCUCCAGUACCACCACCCUUCGUACAACCCCGACGUCCCCCUCAUCCCCCACGGUGUCGCCGUCUCGCUGACCGCCCCCUCGGUGUUCCACUUCACCGCUCCCUCGUCGCCCGACCGUCACCGUCAGGCCUGUGCCAUUUUCAUGGGCAAGGAGCGCGCCCACGAGCUCGACAACGUCCGUGACGAGGACAUUGGAUCUGUCCUUCGCGAGGAGAUCCAAAAGUUCCUCGACCUCGUCGCCGUCCCCCGCGGUCUCUCCAAGGUCGGCUACGCGACCUCGGACAUUGAGACCCUCGCCAACGGCAUGCUCCCCCAGCGCCGUGUCCUCGACCUCGCCCCGCGCCUCGUCAAGAACAACCAGGCCGAGGAGCUCGACCAGCUCCAGCACAUCCUUGAGGGUGCCAUGUCCUGGUAA